GGAAAGAGAGAGAAUUUAUCAAUUCAUUGAGGUCCUAAGCAAAUUAAAACGAUAUGUUCCUUGAUUAAAACUGACUACGGUCUUAAUUUACGUUUAGGGUUUAAUGUGCAUUUAAUUCUAAUUAGAAGAUAAAUAUUUAAGUGAAGCUCUUUUAGGUCUACUGAGUGAAAUAUAAUUCAUGAAUUAGUGCGGACUUGAAAUCAAGAUGGCUGCUUACCGGCACGUGUUGGUUAGUAUGGCUUUAGUGCUAUUGGUGUCUUCGUACAUCACCGUUAAGGGCGAAGACUCUGAAGAUGGGGUAACCGUUGAGACAGUAGAAGAAGAGGAAGAAUAUGAGAGUCCACAAGCAGAUCCUAAGAGAGUGUAUCUCAGUGAACAUUUUGAUGAUGAGGCAGCAUUCAAGAAAAAGUGGAUUAAGUCUGAGGCCAAGAAACAGGGAGUGGAUGAAAAUAUUGCCAAAUAUGAUGGCAAGUGGGAGAUCCAGGCCCCAGCCCGGCGCAUCCUCAAGAAUGACCUAGGUCUUGUUCUGACGACUGAGGCGAAGCACGCCGCUAUCUCUGCCCUGCUGGAUCGACCCUUUGAAUUCAAGGAUAAGCCACUCAUAGUGCAGUAUGAAGUUACUAUGCAGGAGGGUCAGAACUGCGGCGGCGCGUACAUCAAGCUCCUGUCCGCGGGCGUCAAAACGAAGGCCGACCUGCGCCAGUUCCACGACCAGACGCCCUACAGCAUCAUGUUCGGGCCCGACAAGUGCGGCAACGACAACAAGCUGCACUUCAUCUUCAGACACAAGAACCCCAAGACCGGCGCCAUCGAGGAGAAACACGCCAAGAAACCCACUACGCGUCUCGACGACAUCUACAAAGACAAGGAGCCGCACCUGUACACGCUGGUGGUGCGGCCCGACAACACCUUCACCAUCCUCAUAGACAACAAGGAGGCCAACGCCGGCUCGCUGCUGGAGGACUUCACGCCGCCCGUCAACCCGCCGCAGGAGAUCGAGGACCCCGACGACAAAAAGCCCAGCGACUGGGACGAAAGGGAAAAGAUUGUUGACCCCACCGCAACAAAGCCCGAGGACUGGGACGAGGACGCCCCCGCUCAGAUCUUCGACCAAAACGCGGUCAAACCCGACGGCUGGCUCGACGAUGAGCCAGAGAUGAUACCGGACCCCGAAGCGAAGAAGCCCGAGGACUGGGACGAGGAGAUGGACGGCGAGUGGGAGGCGCCGCUGGUGGACAACCCGCUGUGCAGCGCCGCGCCGGGCUGCGGCGAGUGGAAGCCGCCCACCAUACCCAACCCCAACUACAAGGGUGUGUGGCGCGCGCCUCUCAUCCCCAACCCCAACUAUAAGGGCAAGUGGACCCCGCGCCUCAUCCCUAACCCGCAGUACUUCAACGACGAGCACCCCUUCCGCAUGACGCCUAUCGCAGCGGUCGGGUUCGAGCUGUGGUCGAUGUCGCCGCAGCUGCUGUUCGACAACCUGAUCGUGACGGACGAGCCGGCCGUGGCGGCGCACUGGGCGCAGCAGAGCUACGCGCUCAAGCGGGCCAAGAUCGACAGCGAUGCGGAGUCGGCGGGCGAGCGGCUGCUGAAGUACGCGGGCGAGAAUCCCUGGGUGUACGCCGUGGUCAUCAUCGUGUCCUUCGUGGUCGUGGGCUUCGUCGCCUACAUGUGCUGCGGGCCUAAGACUGUGGACCCUGACGCUGAAGUCAAGAAGACUGACGCGUUAGUGGAAGACGACCCGCACCAGUCGGAGGGAGAGGAGCAAGAGAAGGAGGCAGAUGGAGACGAGGGGGAGGAGGUGGAGGUGCCGACGAAACCCAGCAAGGCAGACCUCGAGGGGCCUGCCCCUCCCCUGGAUGUUGAUAGUACGACUCCACUUGUAGACACAGAGGGCGCCGGCGACGGUCAGAGGAAACGGAAGCCGCGUAAGGAGUAAAAGAAGAGAUACGUAUUGGUCAAAGAUCCGGCAUUAGAAAUAUAUACUUUCAUCUGUUAUUUAUUAUUGAUAAGAAAUAAGUGAUGGGUAAUAGUCUCGGAGACAUAUUGCAAACAGGUUGCCUAGUUAAAUUGCGGCCAGAUACAUUUUUUAUACAAAAUAUAGAAAACCAUACACUAGAUCAAAGUCAACAUAAUGCAGUUAAAUUAGACGACAAAAUAACUGAUAUUUAUAUAACGCUGACGCCGCGCGUUUUUACACGCGUGGUUCACGUUCCCGUAGGAAUACGGGAGUAAUAUAGCCUAUAUCCUUCCUCGAUAAACGGGCUAUCUAACACUGAAAGAAUUUUUCAAAUCGGACCAGAGCUGAUAUUAGCGCGUUCAAUCAAACAAACAAACUAACUCUUCAGCUUUAUAAUAUUAGUAUAGAUUAAUUAAGUCUUUUUAUCUGGCAAUCCCACAGUUGCAAAAGCAGGCAACCUUUUAUUAUAGAACUCAAAAGUGAUUAUAAAUAUAAGAAAACUAAUGUCGGACAAAGGUUAUGAUUCACAACACUUGUCAGAACAACUUAAUUAACAAAUCAAACUGUAACCAAAAUAAGGCCCUAGAAUGGCAGAGAAUGACCUUGAGUGGAGUCACGUACUUGUGAACGAUGUGUGUAGGGUUAAAGGAUCCUUUGACAGUAUACAAACACCCCCUUUUUCCACUCAAGUCAGUCUUCCCGCCUAUCCCAAGUAACCCAUAAAGAAUUACACAACAUGAGACUUGGACGGCUCGAACGCCACGAGCACACUGAAGCCAACACGAGAUCGAGCGACGUCAUAUCCGUCAUAGACUACUAUUUCCAACACUAAACGGCGAUAACACUUUCCAUUUUCAAUUCUGUUGGGUACAUUAUUUUAUUUAGUGUACGAUUUUUAUUAAAUGAGCAAACAGGGAAGUAAAUUACAUGAAUUUUAUUACACCGGGCGUAAUUUUACUAGGCAACCUAUUUGUAAUGUGUCAAUGUGAGGGUAUAUAUUUGUUAUGACGGCUCUUGUACUAUAUUGUAUUUGUUUGCGUUUAGCUGCUAGAGCGCGAGGGCGUGUGUGUGGUGACGGAUAGAACAAUCUUCUCAUUUAUUUUAUAUUGCAUUGUAUAAUUAUCUUCUUAAUUAUAAUAGGAGUCUAAUAGGACUGUGUGAUGUACAUCAAAAGGGCGAUACUUUGCAGGUCAUUAUGAAAAGUAAUUAAUUGAUUUAUUUUACUAUUUUUCAUCAUUCAGACCCGAUCAAAAAAGCCUCUAUUUCUUUAUGAAUGUGCUGUAAUUAUAAUAGUAUAUAGUCUUAGUAGCUUUGUCGUUGGAUUCGUCGGGAUUUUUGCUGAGAAUACUAAAAUAAAUCAAUUUUAUUUAUUAUUUUUUUUGAAAACUGACUAACUGAAAAAGAAGAUAAAACCAUAACAACAUGCUAUUUCAAUAAAAUCUUGAAAUUUUACUCCCUAAUGAAAUUUUCGGAGUGUACAAAAAAUAAAAUCGACCUAAUGCUUCACUAAAUAAAGUCGAAAAUAGUAAGUAAAGAUAUCAUUUUAAAAUAAGUAUUAAUGUUAUCGAAGUUUAUAUUAUUACAAGUAUUCCACUAGCGUGCAGACGACUUUAAGCUUUCGAACAAGAGUAAUUAGGUUCAUUUUACAGUUUUCAACACAGUCCUAUGUAUAGAGAUACGUCUUAUUGCGUUAUAUUAUGAAAUAUAGUAGUUUUAGCGAAGAUUUUGUAUGGACGCAUUAGCUUUAGCGAAUUAUUUUAAUAUUAAUGUCGUGGUUAAUGAAGAAAAGGUGGUCUUAGGUUUUUACACGAUUUCUUAUAAAAACCUAAGACUAUAAGAUCAUUGUAUGAUUAAAAGGUUAUUGUAAGAUUUGAAGUACGUCACUGGAGUUAAAUGUAAAUUUUUACAGUACUUGGAGGAAUUAAUAAUUAAACUUGAAUCGUUAAUCAGAGUCAAAUCAAUAGAGAAAAUUUUAAACAUUAUGUUUGUAAAAAAAUUUAGUAUAAAUUUUCGAAGUCUGGUCCCCAGUGAAAUAAUUUUUUCUCAGUAAAAAUUCGAUUUUGCAUAAUUUAGUUGUAUUAGAUAAUAUGACUGAACAAUCACAUUUGUUGUUUAUUUGUCCAGAAGAAAAAAGCUUGAAUGUUUAUUUAUGUUGUAUAAAACGAAAUUUUUAGCACUUGUUACUUCCCAUCCCAUCCCCCAUAUCUUCUAAUUUAUUUAUAGUCCUGUAAUGGUAUGUGACCACUGAUCCGCUUCAUACGAAUCGCAUCGAACGAAUAAUACGAUUUAUGCAUCCGAUACGUACGAUACGGAUAAGUGGACGCCUACGUUGAGAACUCCACAUUUUUGACAGAUUUACAUGAACUCCAGCGAUUUACGUUUGUAUUUUGGUAGAAGUUCGUCUCCUUUUAUUAGAUUUAUUAUAUUAAAACAUUGUUUUUGGCAUUUCUAGUAAAUUAUUAUCAUUUAAUGAAAUAUAUAAGUUCAAUAAAUAAUAUUUUUUUUGAUGAAUUUCCACGGCAUUGCUUUGUUAAUAAUAAUUGAUGAUAAUAAACUGAAUAUGUAUUCAUGCAGACUUCCCUUAUUACUAUAUUCACCAAAGAAACUUCGAGAAGUCACUCAUAGCUUCGAACAAAACGUUCGGUCAUUUAUUCAUUUGUUUUUUUAUUUUUUAAGGAAGACUUAUUGAAUUAUUAUUAUAAUUAUAAUUUAUUGUAAUUAAUUGAAUAUUGUCGUGGUUGUAAGAUAUUUCUUUUCAUUAUUUUGUUUUUUUUUUGUUUCUCGUACAUUUUAUGUGUUAUUUUAUAUUAAGGCGAGCGCACAUCGCGAUGGGUGGUAACGCAACGCAUCGGUACAUUAUAUUAUUAAAAUAAGCCUUUUAACUUCUGAAAAUUAGUUUCUAAUAAUAUAAUAUUUGCGUCUAGUUUUCAUAAUAGUGAUAAAAUAAUGUACAAAGCAACUUUUGAGUUUUUUCUCAGCAGAUUUAGCUGUUCUAACCAGUCAUAAAAUCUCGUUACAAACUUACAAGUUUUUAAAUUAAAUGAUAUAAAUGAAUUAUGAAAAACAUUUUAUUGUUUGUUAGCGUUGCGACCCGUUGCGUCGUAAUGCGCGCGAGCCUUUAGUUUAGGACAAUGUGUGGAACAUAUAGUUAAUAAUAUAUAAAUAAAUAUAAAGGAUGAUGUAUGUAGUUAUUUUUCUUUUGUGUUCAAUAAUAUAUAAAUAUAUACCGACUUUAUAAUAUUAAUAAUUAUUAUCAUUGCUUCUCCAGGAAAUCCUUCCAUUAGCACAGACAACACUUUGUAGCAUGGUCCCAGGUUCAAAUGUGAUCAAUUUGUGAGUUAAUGUUUUUUUAAUUCGUCGCAAGUCUGUUGAACUAGGCUUUGAAGUUUUAAACUUUAACCGGUUGGUUCACAUUACAUUAGGAAGGCUAUUCUGUAACAGUGUUUAAAAAAAAUCGCAAGUGCUAGUUACGCAAUCGCUCUAUCUAUAUUUCUCUUUCUAUACUAUCGUAAUGAACAGAGAGAGAUAGAGGGAAAAUCGAAACUAGCACUUGCGAAUACAAAAUAUCGUUACAGAAUGGGUCUACAGAUCAGUGGCGUGCACAGGGUUCGAGGGUAAGCACUAAGCAGGGCAAAAUGUUUUAAAAUCCUAUUUCAAUACGGGUACAAUAUUUCCAAUGUAAGCAUUGCCUAUUCGCAUAUAUUGAGUGCACGUCAUUGAUAUGACGUAUAAAUGACGUAUAAAAAACCUACUCCAAUAGCUCUCACAAGCAAUGUUUUUACAUUACAUUUGAAAAUUAAAACAUUGGGCUGAUAGUAUUUUUAUGCACAUAUGAGGUGCACGUCACUGUCAAAGGUAUCAUACCAAACGAACUGUCACUUGUCUGUUAAAGAAAUAGUAUUUGUACCCCUGUUCCAAUCAAAAACCAGUAACUUGAGCAUUUACAAGCUUACAUUUAAGUACAUAUUCCAUAUAGGUUUGGUAAAUGGACAAUUGAUGAUAAACAUUGUAAUACAUAUUUGAUACGAAUAUCUUAUUUAGGUUUGCCACCUUAUGCAGUGUUUAUGAAAAUACACCAACAGUAGGUGGUUUUAAUGAUUUUCAUUCAUUUAUAUAUUUCCUUUUAAAAUACACUAUAGAUAAUAUUGAAGUGUAUCGUUUAUUUUACAACUAAGUUCGUAUAAAAAAUAUAUUGUAAUAAUUUACAUAAUACGCAGGUUUUACUAUUCUUUACUAGACUAACAGUCUGUCUAGAAGUAAUAUAAAGUUUUUCUUUAUAUUUUAUGGGUGGCAAUACUGUAGUAUUUAUGUUCGUAUGUUUAUUAUAAUUCACAUGUCUGUGUUUGUGUUGUUUAGCAACUCGUGUGAAGGGUACAAGCAAUUGACUGUAAUUUACAAUAAUAAUAAAAUAAAUAUUUCCUA